CAUGGCGGCGUCUGGUGGUCGAGUUGGUUCAUUGUUUGUACGGUUAGCUGGAUUGUCAGGUGCAUCCGCUGUAGGCUUGGGAGCCUAUGGAGCACACGUGUUGAAGCCUAAGGCUGACCUUGAACAUGAGCAACAGGUGUUCGAUUCGGCCAACAAGUACCAUUUCCUGCAUACUUUGGCCCUUCUUGCAGUCCCACUAACGAGACGGCCUAUGUUGGUUGGCUCCUUGAUGGUCACCGGGAUGACCAUGUUCUGCGGCCCAUGCUAUUACUAUGCAAUGACUAGUGACCCCUCUCUGGUGAAAGUGGCGCCAUACGGAGGGACCCUACUCAUUGUUGCCUGGGCUGCCAUGGUUCUGUGAUUCAAAUGGAAGAAUAUGGACCGCCUCUACGAAGCACCUGACCCAUACUGAACAAAUCACACAGGGCACCCCGGUACUCGGGGUUGUUUUGUAACCCCCUCUGUCUAUCCAAUGGUAAUUAUUUAUUUUUUAAAAUUUAAUUAAUUGAUUUAUUAACUCCCCGGGGUGUAUGUAAAAAAAAUCAAAUUGAACCUGAAAAUUGAGGACUUUCAGGGUUAACGUAAUAAAAUGGAAAACCGUCCCCAAUUAUCCUCCCGUAAAACAAGUCAGUGCGUUUUGCGUUAUGGCAAUUCACUGGUUUCUGCUCUUAAUCUUUGUAUGGGUUGUUUUAAAUACUUCAAUGACCUUCUUUAAUAAUUAGGAUUUCAACACCUCAGCUAUCCGUUUUGGAACAAAAAUCAGGAUGAAUUAUUGUAAGGAACAUUUUCUUUUGACUUGCCUUACGUAGCGGGACUUCCUGAAAAGACAAACCAGAACAAAACAGUGUCAGAAUUUAAAAACUAGAGAGUUUAGUUUGAACUACAUCAUAGCAAAAUGCAACAAAGAUAAGCGUAAAACUAAACAAAAUAAAGAUUCUUACUUUAGAAACCAACAUCACUGUCGACCAGUGUUGGCAUAUGCCUAUUCCUAUGAAUCAGUUUCACAAAGCUUCUGCACACUAUUUUUGGAAUUAUCAUUGUUAAUUUAUAGGGCAAAAUCAAAUGGAGUAUUUCAAAGACUUAGCUAUUUUACAAACAUCUGGAACACUUCCCCGACUUGUUCAGUUUGAACAAGUCGUAAAGUCGUAAAUAUAUGAAAUUCAUAUUUCAUAAUUCAGUGUCGAGUACCUGUCAUUAAGAGUAGCGUUCAUUUCAUUGAAUAGGUAAUUGUGAUGUAUGGUGCAAUGUUUUAUGGAGUCGGCCCGAGAUUGUCUUUUUUACGGUACAGUCCGAAUUGAGAGAUAAAAAUGAUAAUUUAUUCUUAAACCGUAAACAUCAGAGUGUUUGGCAAAAUUGUAAAGGUAGAUCUAGGUAAGAUGUAUCUCGCACCAAGCGACGUACAUGUAAAUCAUUCCGUGCAUAUUUGUCGCGGAGCUUCUGAUUAUAUUCUUAAGUUCCGCCCAGAUCUGAUUUGUCAGUUUUUUUUAAGUACAUGUAUAAUCUAAACACGAAUUGUUUAUUGUACAUUUUGAAUUUCUGGAGUUGAGACAACUAUCAGAAGCAAGCAGUUAGGGCCAAGUGUUGUCUGUCAAAUAACUUAGUAUUCGAAAUUCUGCCAGAGUCAUUUUUUUUCUUUCAACUCCCUUCGGUGUAUGGCUUAAUAUUAGUCUAAAUCAUCUGGCAGAAGGGUAAUAAAUCGAUCUGCCUUUGUUUUUACAGAACUGAUGGUUGUUCCAAGUCGUUAUCUUACGUGUCUGUUGCCGUUGUAUCAAUGCAUAUAAUGAAAUAAAAUGAGUUUAGUUUUAUAACUAAAACGUUUUCGCCAGUAUGAUUUUUCUGGAUGACUAAAAGUAAAUAAAGAGAACGAAAUGUUUCUUUGGUGGGGGAUAGUCCGGCAGCCAGAAGGGUGAACCCUGCUUCGUUGGAUACAUUAUGCUUUUUCGUAUAUUCUGAGCAAGGAGGUCGCACUUUUGAAGAAUUUACGAUGAAACCUUGGACAAUUUCAGACACUAAUUAUUUCUGUUUUCGUGGAUAGUUUAUCAAUACAUGCUAUGUUAGCACGGUUAAAAGCAAAAAAAAAAAGACUAACAAAAUGUCAAUAAAACCUAAUGGCCCCCAUUUACAUGUUAAAAUGGAUACAGAAUAAAAAAUUUAAAAUGUAGAACUGA